CGCAGACAGGACCCGGUUCCUCCCCGGCCCAUACAUAGGCUGGGCACCAUCGCAACCAUUGACCCAUUCGCCAUCUCCAUAUAAUCCCAGGAGGAGCCUCUUUUCUUGGCCUCGACUUUAAUUUAUCUCCCUCACCGUCCUUCUCUCGCCUCUCACAACUCUCUCCUCGAUCCCCCGAGGGAGACGGCUUGCGAAGUCGUCCGCGGCAUCUCCAAACGAAAAGUCAGAGAGAGAGCAAAAAAUGACCCACCCAGAUCUCGACUACUCCGGCCAGCGGCUGCCGCUGGUGGGCUCGCGAGUGGUCGAGUCUGAGGUGUCGGGACUCCGCGUCGUCCCCGGGCACCGCGGCCACGGCCACGAUGGGGGCCAGCAAGAGAACGCGCCCGGCGAUUCUCCCGAGUUCCUGAAGACCGAAGCUGCUACCAAUUUCGAGUUGUUUUAUGACCUGUGGUUCGUGGCCAACCUGAACGUGUUCACCAGCAUACACGACAUCUCCAACUUUGAGCGGUUCACCUCUUUCAUCGGGUACAUGGUCCUGCUGUGGACGACGUGGCUGCUGACGACGCUCUACGACGUCCGGUUCACGGCGGACAGCGUGUGGGAGCGCUGCUGCAAGGCGGUGCACCUGGGGGUCAUGAUCGGGUUCGCCGAGAUCGGCACCAACUUCGAGCCGGACAACCAGAUCGUGUCCGUCUUCCGGACGAUGGCGCUCUUCCUGGCCGUCUCCCGCUUCGUCCUCUUCCUGCAGUACGGCGUUGUCUUCCUCCAGAUCCGCAAGUACGCCCACGGCAAGUGGCCCAUGUUCCUAACCGCCACCCUCCACCUCUGCACUGCCGCCGUCUACUUCGGCGUCUCCUUCCGCUACAACCUCGGCAAGAGCAGCCGCGUCUUCCUCGUCUGGUACAUCGGGGGCGUCGUCGAGAUGGCCAUGCACCUGUCCAUCUCCCAGCUGUCCCACGUCCUGACCUUCGUCCACACGCACUUGGGGGAGCGCUUGAAUCUUCUGACGCUGGUCAUCCUCGGAGAAGGCUGUAUCAUUCUCGCGAAGAGCGUGACUCUGCUCGUGAAGGACACCUAUGUCAAGGAUCACACGACAACCUUAUGGAGUCCGUCCCUCAUCGGUCUCGUCACGUCGGCUACUGCCUUGAUCUACAUAAUCUUCCAGCUGUACUUCGACUGGAUGCACGACGAGCACUCCAUGUCGAAACGGCAUCAAGUGUGGUGGGCGGCUUUGCAUUUGCCUUUCAACAUCGCGCUCGUGCUCCUCCUCGAGGGCGCCAGCCAGUUCAUCGUGUGGGCCCGGAUCGCGGAGUCGACGCGGGCGGCGAUCGCCAAGGUGGUGGAGGUGCAGUACACGCUCCCGGAGCGCUUCACGUCGCAGCAGAUCUCGGACGCGCUCGCCGGCGUGGUCGAGCCGUUCCUGAAGAAGUACCAGCCCUACGACGUCCUCGAGACCUGGAACGACGUCCACGAGAUAUUCGACAACAUCGCCGACAUCCCCAACUCGUUCUGGGAGCAGAACCUGCCCUCCGACGACCCGCUGGCCGUGCAGUGGAGGGACGACUUGUCCGAGCUGGUAAACACCAUGGUGAAUGCCGUGUACAACGCCUUCGAUAUCAAACCAGAGGGCAGCAAGGACAAGGGGCCUAAGAGCGAGUACUGGCAAUCCGAAGCUACCAUGGAGAUCGCCCGGAGGUUUAUUCUUGUUUACAUCUACUCUUUCGCCUGCGCAGGCAUCGUCAUGCUCUUCAUGACGAUCAUGCACGUCAUCUCGAAGCGGAAGGGGUGGUCGCCCUUCAACAUCUUCCGGACCGCCGUGUGCAUCUCCAUCGCCCUCAUCCUGUCGCUGCUCACCGUGAUCGCGGCCAACCGGGACGCCGUGAUCAACAAGACCAAGGAGUACACCGCCUUCGUCGGCAGCGUCUGGAUGCUGCCCGUCAUCACCAUCUUCUACUUCGUCGCCCUCGUCCUGACCCACGUCCCGCACCCGUCCGGGUUCUGCACCGGUGCGUAUAAGCGGGGCGCGUAUAAGGAGGUGGCGGCCCACAGGGAGAAGCCGGUGUCGGCGGCCGUGCCGCUGAGGAUUCCCCUGGGGGAGUACGAGGGGGCCCGAGGACACAACAUGGUAUCGCCCCCUCCCGCGCCGCCCCAGUACGAGGAACACAGAGUCCGGCCCAUAUCCGGAAACCCUAGUGGUGGGAAUCGGCACUAUCCGGCCAACCGACACCGAGAGGCCCGUAGGGAGCAACGGCGAUAGCCUCCCGGCGAGACGGCGACGGUGACUCUGAGACGGAGUAGUACCAUUGACACACGUGAUGCCGAAGCCCUGCGAGUGGGCGGGCUUGUGGAAGUUGAGGGCCCCUAAUACUUGGUUUUGAGCGGGAGGGUUUCGAGCAUGGCGUUGGAGGAUUGAGGCAAUGCGGGCAGUUCACGCACCUAGACCA